ACGUUGAAGCAAAUAACAACUGUCAAAUCCCCAUUGACCACUAAGAGAGCGUGAGGGGCGGGGCUUAGUGUUGACGUUACGUCGCAGUGUCGGUAAUGGCAAGUGUAGGAAGGAGAGGAAGACGGCCCUGAAGUUUCUUCUCUUCUGGAUGUUAUUGUUAUUUUAUUACAUUUAAAACCUGCUGCUUCACUCUUUUUGUACUCUCACGGUUAUUUUUCUACGUCGUUGUAGUGUGAGUGAGAACGGGGCAGGGCUAAAGUCCCGGACUAUUUUGUCGGUCGCUUUCGAAGUAACUAAAAUACGCCCGAAGUUUGCUCGACUUCAAGCAGAGAAACUAUGACGCACAAAGAGGACGAAUAUGAUUACCUUUUUAAAGUGGUGCUGAUCGGCGAUUCAGGCGUAGGAAAGAGUAACCUGCUGUCCCGCUUCACCCGCAACGAGUUCAACCUGGAGAGCAAGAGCACCAUCGGGGUGGAGUUCGCCACGCGCAGCAUCCAGGUGGAGGGGAAGACCGUCAAGGCCCAGAUCUGGGACACGGCUGGACAGGAGCGCUACAGAGCCAUCACUUCUGCGUACUACCGCGGCGCCGUGGGAGCGCUCCUGGUCUACGACAUCGCCAAGCACCUGACGUACGAAAACGCGGAGCGCUGGCUGAAGGAGCUGCAGGACCACGCAGACAGCAACAUCGUCAUCAUGUUGGUGGGCAACAAGAGCGACCUGCGCCACCUGAGGGCGGUGCCCACCGACGAGGCCAGAGGCUUCGCAGAGAAGAACGGCUUGUCUUUCCUGGAGACGUCUGCGUUAGACUCCUCCAACGUUGAGUUGGCUUUUCAGACAAUUCUCACAGCCAUCUACCACAUCGUGUCCCAGAGGCAGAUGACGGGCCAGGGCAACUCGGACUUCUCUCCGGCCUCCAACGUGGUUCCCAUCACGGUGGAGCCCACCCAGAGCUCGUCCAGUAAGGGCGCCUGCUGCCAGAACAACUGAGACCUCGCCGCUGACCUCCGCCUUCGUCUCACCGCAGCGCUGACGGGUAGAGGGACGCUUCCACUGGGUUUGUGUAGAUACGAGGGGGGGAGCAGUAAAUGAAGGAUGGACAGGAUGUGAUGUGGGAGGGUUGGGAUUUUCUAAGAAGCUGCAUCAUCACCAUGGAUUCAGGUUCUGAUGUGAAACUGAACAUGCUAUCAGGCCCUUUUCUCUCCUCCUCCUUCUGCAGUUUCUCUCCUAAGAAGCCGGAUUGUUCAGGCUUCCUUUCUGUUUCUCACUCCUGGGAUGCUGGGCUGUAAAAAUCCACUCCCAGAAGACUGAAAAGCAGCCUCCUCUCACUGCUGUUUCCCUUUGUUUUCUGGAAUAUUUAGAAAAUUAUGUCCUCCUUUAUAUUUAUUAACACUUGUCUUGUUUGGCCAAAGGGUUUCCCACACUAACUGCUUCACAGAAAAAAGGGAUUUUCUCUUCGUUUGAUUGUUUUCUUUCAUUAAAACAAGUCUUUCCAUGAAGGAAUCAGGAGUUUAGCUCCAUCCUUCCCUGUCGGUGACAAGCAGCUUCGCUCUGAGUGCUUUUGAUCUUUGUUUGGGCGCCUCUCCUACUCUUCACACUUUGUGCUCCGAAGAUGAGUCAUGCUCCCGCCAGCCUCUGCGCAGCGUCGACUCUAAAUGGGAUGGGGUGGCUGCGCCCGCCGCCGCCGCUGGAUGGGUGAACUACAGAGCAUGUCAGCUCCCAUCCUGACCGUUUCACCUUUUCCCCCCUAAAGCCUGGCAGCGCGGCGGCGACGGGGGGGGAAAGAUGUGGUUUAGAAACGCGGACGAGCCGCCCGCUAGCUGGACGGAUGAAUGAAUGGAUGGAUUGGGUUUCAGGGGAUGAGAUGGUGAGGCCACUCAGCCCUGCCCUGCUCCUGUAGUCUCUGAUGUGCAGUGAUGGCUUGUUUUACUGUAAAUGAAAUCCUCUGCUGCCUGCUCACCUACUGCUCUCUGCUGUAUGUAACUGGAAGAGGACUCUGGCUUCUGGGAUCCCCCUGAGGUCUGCCCUCACUUUCACUCGUCUUUAUUUCCUGUCCGAUCGGUGGGGGUUGUGUUCGGGAGCCAGAACUGCGUUUGUUAGCGUCUGAUAGUGGAAUAGAGGAUGGAGGGAGGGGCUUGAUUUAAUCCAAAGGUUAGACACACAGGGUGUUUAUUUCCACACCAACACGAGUCUUAAACUGGGUGUAGGUCGACAUUUUUAAGCCUUUAUUCUGUUGUAUGUAUAUUUGGACUGCACAUGUAUAAAUAAAUAAACCAGAUUUGUUAUAGCUCA